AUGACCAGCAGCACCAACAGUAACGAACACGCAUUAUCACAUGAUGAUGACUCUGCAAAGAAGAAAAAAUCAUCACCAAACAUGAACAAGCGAGCAAAGAAGGUGAAAAAGCCAACAUCAAAACCAGCUACCACAAGUUCCGGAACCACUACUACUACUACUACCGUUUCUACAACAUCCUCAUCUCCAUCCAACAGUGGAAAUAGCAAGUCCACGAAAUGCCAAGUAUGCAACUCAUCGGCAGAAACCAACAAAAACUUCAUGCUCACUUGUAAGACUUGUGGAAUGAAAAUUCAUCUCAACUGUUACGAUAAUGAUCAUCUUUCUAAGAAAUUUGCAAAGAAUUGGGAGUGUGUGGAAUGCAAAAGUUGUGAAGUUUGUAAAAAGUCAACCUAUGCUGCAGAUAAUCAAAUAUUAAUUUGCAAUAGAUGCGAUCGUGGGUAUCAUCAAAAUUGUUGCACAGGCAAGUUCCGAACCAUUCCAACGGGAGACAAACCUUGGUUUUGUGAAGAAUGUUGGACAUAUUUAUCGGAAAAGAAGAAGAAGAAGAAGAGAAAAACCGAGGAACCUGCUCAACAGGAGCCACCUCAACAAAGUGAAGAAGGAUCUCUCUUCGAGUUAAAACCAAUCGAAGAACAGCAACAGGAUGUUACCAAAGUGCCAACAUUGAUUGCAACCAAUGAUUCUACAAUGCACAAUGGAACUUCUCAUCAUCAAUCUCCAUCAACUACAACACCAACUCUUGAAGUAGCAACCACUGCAGCAAUUAUUCAACCCGAAACUACAGCACCAAACGUGGCCUCUCUUCGUUCUACAAUUUUAGAAUCCAAGAUUAAUGUCUUUGUGGUUUAUAUAUUUGGAGACAAGGAAAUUUAUUCGUCACAAAUGAUGAUUGACAAUAUUUCACAGAGCGACCUCCAUAGGUCUCCAAUUAAUUAUUUCCAAAAUCUUAAACACUUGUUAAUAGAGCGUUUAAGAUUAAAACUUGAGGAGGUUUUGAUGGAUGAGGAUUGCGACGAUGAAAUUAAGGCUCUAUUUUUGGUCCAAAAAUUUGGAAUUAAACGGCUGGCGAUCAAAGAACGUGAUCGAUUUGGAAGUGAAAUCAGGGUUGAAAUUGAUAGAUGGUAUUUCGAGCAAUACAAAUUGAAAGAUGGAGACACAAUUUUUGUUGAGCUAACCCUCAAAUCAGCACAAGCAUCUUCAAGCACACAAGACGAGGAAAAUGGAACCACCACAGAUGAAUGA